UGUAAGCACCAUGAAGAAGAACAAUAGGAACUCUACCACAAGGAUCAAUGAGCAAGAUGCCAUCUCCGUCCCACCCUCCCAAGAUCCAGGAGAUCUUCAAAAUAUGUUGAAUGGAGGAGAGUAUGCCGCUUUUGUAUCUCCUCCCAUAUUAGAGAGCAAUUUUAUCCAGGUUAACAGGAGAGGUGAAUCCAUUUACCUUCAUAACCGAGCCAACUGGGUGACUGUAGGCAUCUGCUCUUCCAGUAAAACCCACAAGACCCCCAAUGUGAUGCUUCUGGCACAUCUGACCCCUGAAGUUCAGAAAGAUACAGAACCCCUGUUUCAAAGUCUCCUGACAUCUCCUUCGCCAGAGAACCUGGUGCUCACCAGGUUUCUCCCUCUGCAGUUUGUGACUCUUUCUGUGCACGAUGCUGAGAAUAUGCGCCUCAAAGUAAAGCUGGUGAGUGGUCGAGCCUACUACCUACAGCUCUGCGCCCCGGCAUGUAAACAGGACACCCUCUUUUGUCAGUGGGUGGAACUCAUCUCCCUCUUGAAUGACGAGAAAGCCAAAGCUUCCAAACUGUCAGAAGUCUCAAGCCUCUCAGAAAUCACAAAUAGCACAGACAUCACAGGCUCGAGGGACAUCAUGGAUAUUGCAGCGUUCACAGCUCUACAGAGCCCACCCCUGUGCACAUGUUCAAACCCCGUACAUACUGCAGAAAGCACUGAUUUCUCAGAUUUCACAGAUGAUGUCACCGACAUCACCGAUGUCACAGAUGUUCCAGAAAAUGAGGUCAGAGAGGCCCCAGAUAUAAAUAUUGUCACAGAAGUCACGGAAGUCACAGACCUCUGUGACGUCCCAAACUGCUCAGAGGUCACAGUGGUGUUUGAAAAUGAUGACAUACUAAGGGCCAAGCAAGAGGAAAAGGAAAGACUAGGAAACACUCUGAAGUCUGGGUGUCUACGAGAUGCAAAAACUAAGAACGAGCUCAGAGAACCCUCAAAACAUGUCACCAUCUCAAACGUAACAUUGACUUUCCAAGGUGAACAAUGUUUUCAUACUACCUUGACUCAAGAAGAAAGUGAGACAAGUUCAUUCAAAGGGAUGUGUGCCAGAUCCUCUGAAAUAAGGACAACUGAAUUUAAAAGCACAGCUCUCGAGGCUGAGGAAUCCAGGUAUGUGAGGCAGGGAAACUCCAGGGGUGCUGAGACGGGGAGUAAUGUAAGUAAGUAUAUGCUCUCAAGUCUCUGCCACUGUGGCAUUUGUUGCUGAAGAUUCUCAGCUAUAGCUACAAUGAAUGAUGACAUAGUCAACUCUUGAUUAUCCACAUUUGGUUUAACCUCACCUAAUUUUUAUUUUCCUGUCAACUUCUCACACCAUGCAGCUCACAUUCUAGACUACCUGGCAUCAGCUGUGUGUGCUAAAGAAUAUAGGAUAAAAUCAGGGUGUCCACGUUUUGGAGUUAAGGCACUCAUCUCCCAGAGUGACUUAUGGAUGCUCUUCCUUUUAUCUUUGUACUUCUCUCCAUGUUCUUCUCUACAUAUUUCUUAUGCUUUUCUACAUUUCCAACAAACAACUUCAUAAUCUGAAAAAAAUUUUUCAUAAUUUUAUUUAUUCUUUUUAAAGAUUUAUUUAUUUAAUAUUUUAAAUAGAGAGUGCAAGCAGCGGGAGGGACAGAAGGACAGGGGGAGAGAGAGAGAAUCCUGGAGCAGGCUCCCAGCUGAGCACAGAGCCUGACUCACAGGACUCCAUCUCACGACCCUGAGAUCAUGACUGAAGCCAAAAUCAAGUGCUGGGCGGCCAACCGACUGAGCCACUGACUGAGCCCAACUGACUGAGCCCCUGUUUUCAUCAUUUUAAUACUCAAGUGCAAGCUGAAUGUGAGAGAGCACUGCUGUAUUCUAAAGAUAAAAGUUAAUCCAACCAUUUCAAAAUAACACCUAAAAAGAAACCAGAGAAACAUGUAGAAUUUUAAAUGCUUACUUGAGCAAGAGUGAAAUAGGGAAUGUAAUGAAUUAUGUCUAAAAUCUUUUUAAAUAUAAAAAAACAAGCAGGAGAAAACAAAAACCAAAAAAAAGAAAGAAAUGAAAAAGAUUAUAAGUAAUUUGAAGUGCUAUGGAGUUCUUCAAAAAGAAUGACAAAACAGGCAAACCACUGGACAAUUUUUUUAAAAAAAUGAUAAAAUUAGGGACGCCUGGGUG